CCGGCUUGCUCCUGACCCCCAUCCCCGCACCCUACAUCCCUCUCGUCGACACCGAAGCGCACCAUUCCCCUCCCCUCUCGUACUCGACGACUUCCUUGCACCCCCCUCGACCCACAUACUCCCGAGCUCCGUGUCCUAUAUCCCCUGCGAGGAGGAUUGCGCGCGCCACAGCUUUUCCUGGCAUCCAGAUAGUCUCAGCGCGCGUUCUGGCGCCUGACUACUGGACGACGAACUCUCCGGACCCUCCCCUACCACACAUUCAAGAUUGCAGACACCAGCCCCGAGCGCGAGGCUCAUGAGAUGAGAGACGUCCUUCCCCGGGACGAGGAACCCCGCGGCGAUACGCUAUACACUAUCCAAGAUGUUGACGUCGAGAAGUCCUCCAUCCAGUCAGCCCCCUCCCUCAUCCACGACCACCUAUCCGUCAUCUCGAGCGCUGGGUCAGAAGUAUACGAAGACUUUGACCCGAAUUAUGAUUAUGAUAACAAGUCCGAGAUUCUCGACGAGGACUCCCCCUACCCCGAAGUUCGCAGUGCCGUCGCCAACUUCGAUGACCCCUCCAUGCCCGCGUCGACCAUUCGCGCUUGGGUUCUUGGCAUCAUCUGGGCGAUGGUCAUCCCCGGCAUGAACCAAUUCUUCUACUUUCGCUACCCCAGCGUCACUGUCUCCGGGCUUGUCGCUCAACUUCUCAUCUUCCCCUUCGGUCGGCUCUGGGCGUUCAUCUGUCCGAAUGUGUCGAUAUUUUCCAUCCCACUAAAUCCUGGUCCUUUCACUAUCAAGGAACACGUCCUCGUCACCAUCAUGGCCACCGUCGGCGCCGAGACGGCCUAUGCCACCGACAUCGUCGCCGUACAGCGCGUGUAUUAUAAUCAAGUGUGGCCCUUCGCAUAUCAAUGGAUGCUCGUCAUGUCCACCCAGCUCAUCGGGUUCAGCAUAGGUGGCGUGGCGCGCCGCUUCCUCGUUGCACCACCCUCUAUGAUCUGGCCCAACACCCUCGUCUCCUGCGCGCUCUUCAACACCCUGCACUCGCAGAGCUACGCCGGCGUCGGGCAGUACGGCGGCGUCUCCCGCGAGCGGUUCUUCGCGUUCGCACUCGGCGGCGCAUUCGUUUGGUAUUUCUUCCCCGGGUAUCUAUUUGAGGCGCUCAGUGUCUUCACCUGGGUAUGCUGGAUAGCGCCAAAUAAUGUCAAAGUCAACCAAUUGUUUGGCUACCACAGCGGCCUCGGCUUCUCCAUCCUCACCUUCGAUUGGAGUCAGAUUGCGUAUAUUGGCAGCCCACUGGCGACACCAUGGUGGGCGCAGGCGAAUGUGAUCAUUGGGUUUUUGUUCUUUUUCUGGUUCCUCACGCCUAUACUCUACUACACCAACGCCUUCUACGCGCAAUACAUGCCCGUCUCUUCCCGCAUCGCCUACGACAACACCGGGAGCGAGUACAACCUCACGCGCAUCCUCACCGUCGCCGCCACCAUCGACGUCGACGCGUACCACAUGUACAGCCCGCUCUACCUGUCCAUCACGUUCGUGAUGUGCUAUGGGCUCUCGUUCCUGGCGAUCUCGGCGACGUUGACCCACGCCGCCAUCCACUUCUACAAGCCCAUCAUGAUCAACCUGAAGCGGUCCCUGCGCGAGCAGCCUGACAUCCACGCCCGGCUGAUGUCGAGGUACCAGCAAGUGCCCGAGUGGCAUUAUGUCGCUAUCUUUGUCGUCACCUUCAUCUUUGCAUGCGUCUGCAUCGAGGUCUGGCCGUCGGGAAUGACGAUCUGGGCGUUACUAGUCGCCUUGAUUAUCUCCCUCGUCUACCUCGUCCCCAUCGGCAUGAUCCAAGCUGUCACCAAUCGGCAAAUUGGGUUGAACGUCAUCACCGAGCUCAUCGUCGGCUUCAUGCUCCCCGGCAAGCCCGUCGCGAUGAUGAUGUUCAAGACGUACGGAUAUAUCACGAUGGCGCAGGCCAUGCAAUUCACCGCCGAUUUCAAGCUCGGGCACUACAUGAAGGUGCCGCCGCGGCCGAUGUUCUGGUGCCAGAUCGUCGCGACGAUGAUCGCGGGGACCGUGCAGUUGGCCGUUCAGGCGUGGAUGUUCACCAACAUACCAGGUCUUUGUACCCAGAAUCAGCGCGAUAACUUCACCUGCCCCUCGACACAAGUCUUCGGCACCGCAUCGAUCAUUUGGGGCGUCAUCGGCCCAAAGCUCCAGUUCUCGGCUGGACAAGUGUACUAUACUCUCAUGUUCUUCUUCCUCAUAGGGGCGGCGUGCCCUGUCAUCUUAUGGCUCAUUACGAAGAAAUAUCCUACGACCAUACUAAAUUACCUCAACUUCCCCCUUGUAUUCUCUGGCACGUCGGAUAUACCGCCUGCCACCGCUGUCAACUACGUGGGGUGGGCGACAGUCGGGUUCGUUUUCCAGUACCUAAUACGGCGACGAUGGUUCGGCUUUUGGACGAAAUAUAAUUAUGUACUAUCCGCGGCCCUCGAUGCUGGCACGGCGUUGGGGAUCAUUGCCGUCUACUUCUGCUUACAGUACCCUGCAAACGGGACCAUCGGCGCCAACACGCUCCAGAAAUGGUGGGGCAACACGGUCCACAAGAACACGCUGGACUGGUCCUCGACGCCCCUCCGCCGACUCGAUCAGGGGCAGUCAUUCGGGUGCGUGGGGACGUGCUCGGGCACGCACUGAGCUCGGGUGGUAUUGACGUGAUGCGCAGACCCAUCUUGCAGUAGCUUCUUUUCUGGGUGCAGUGUUCUCGUUCGUUACCUGUAGAUGGCCGGACGCUUUUCGAGAUGC